CGUCAGACGAAACCAGUCGUCCAGAAAACAUAAAUUAGGGAUACACCGAUACAGGAAAGAAGAGAAAGAAAACGAGAAAUCUUUUGUUUCUUUACUUUCUCUCUCACUUUUUCAAAUUCUAUCUCCGAUUUUGAAUCUACUUUGCGUCUUCUCCUUCACGCCCCAAUUCUCUCUGUUUUGGGUUAUCGAAUCGAGAGACAGAGAGGGUUGGAUUGGGAUUCGGCUCAGCUCUUCAGGGUUCAAGGAAAAGGGAAAAUGAGAGAGGUGAUUAGCGUUCAUAUUGGACAAGCUGGAAUUCAGGUCGGGAAUUCAUGCUGGGAGCUCUACUGCCUUGAACAUGGCAUUCAGCCUGACGGCACCAUGCCCAGAUGGUUUUGCAGUGACACAUCGAUUGGGAGUGAGCAUGAUUCCUUUAACACAUUCUUCAGCGAGACUGGUUCUGGGAAGCACGUACCGAGAGCUGUCUUUGUCGAUCUUGAGCCCACCGUCAUUGAUGAAGUGAGAACUGGGAGUUAUAGACAACUUUUCCACCCUGAACAACUCAUCUCAGGCAAAGAAGAUGCAGCCAAUAACUUUGCCAGAGGACAUUACACUGUGGGGAGGGAAAUCGUCGAUCUGUGCCUUGAUCGAAUUAGGAAAUUGGCAGAUAACUGUACUGGCUUGCAAGGAUUUUUGGUAUUCAAUGCUGUUGGUGGUGGCACUGGUUCUGGUUUGGGAUCUUUGUUGUUGGAGCGUUUGUCAGUGGAUUAUGGAAAGAAGUCUAAACUUGGCUUCACCAUCUUUCCUUCUCCUCAGGUUUCAACUGCUGUUGUUGAACCUUACAACAGUGUGCUCUCCACUCAUUCUCUCCUCGAACACACAGAUGUAGCUGUGCUUCUAGAUAAUGAAGCUAUCUAUGACAUCUGUAGGAGAUCGUUGGACAUUGAAAGGCCGACUUAUAACAACUUGAAUCGCCUGAUAUCCCAGAUCAUCUCUUCCUUGACCACUUCCUUGAGGUUCGACGGUGCCAUUAAUGUGGACAUUACAGAGUUCCAAACCAACCUUGUCCCUUAUCCUCGCAUCCACUUCAUGUUGUCUUCAUAUGCCCCUGUAAUCUCAGCUGCAAAGGCUUUCCAUGAGCAGCUAUCUGUUCCUGAGAUCACUACUGCAGUGUUUGAGCCUUCAAGUAUGAUGGCUAAAUGUGACCCUAGGCAUGGCAAGUACAUGGCGUGUUGUCUUAUGUAUCGUGGGGAUGUUGUGCCAAAGGAUGUUAAUGCUGCAGUUGCCACAAUCAAGACCAAGAGGACUGUGCAAUUUGUUGACUGGUGCCCAACUGGUUUCAAGUGUGGCAUCAAUUAUCAGCCACCAACCGUGGUUCCUGGAGGUGAUCUGGCUAAGGUUCAGCGUGCUGUCUGCAUGAUAAGCAACAACACAGCUGUGGCUGAAGUCUUUGGCAGAAUUGACCACAAGUUUGACCUCAUGUAUGCCAAGAGAGCUUUCGUUCACUGGUAUGUUGGUGAAGGCAUGGAGGAAGGAGAAUUCUCAGAAGCUCGAGAAGAUCUUGCAGCGCUCGAGAAAGACUAUGAGGAGGUUGGCGUAGAAGGUGCUGAUGAUGAAGAAGAAGGUGACGAGUACUGAAAAAAAAAAAGACUUUUCCUAGAGGGGCAUUACACAACUAUGUUUGAUGCCCUUCUGUUUUAUCUCUCAUUUGGUUUCACGAGCUCUGUAUUUUACAUGUUGACAAACGUUGCUACUACUACUAUGCUCUGUCGAUGUCUUUGAUCUUUUGAAGUGUCUGUCUCUGUCAUUCUAUUUUGUUUCCCUGUGCUGCUUAUGCUGGUUUUUUGAAGUAGGGCUCUGUAUAUAUAUCCUUUGUUGAUUUGAAAAGAGACGAUAAAAAAUCACUUCAUACCUGCUCGUCCUAGCACAUCAUGCUUCUCCUUCCUGCAACAAUUUGAACAAAAACUUCGUGGGAUGACAUAUGUUGUUCAUCGUCGGAGUUUCAUUAAGAGAAGAAAAACAACGGUUCUUAUUUCUGGAAGUCUCAUUGCAUUAGAUUGCAUUCUAACCUGCGAAGGAGCAACUGACCAUAUUCUUACUUGCUUUGUGUAUU